CGUAAAUGUAUAUGGACAUAUAUUGAUAUUCGGUAGAUGUCUAGAAGCAACAAAUAUGGAAACGAUUAUCAUAAUAAAUAAAUCUCAAAGAGCACAAGGUGACAAAACAAAAUGAGAAAGCCCCUGUAACCAUUUCAUUAUAUCUGCGAAGAAUAUAACUAGCACACGGGUCUUUCACGAGACGUCCAAUUGACCAGUUAAGAGGAAGAAUGGCUGAAUUUCUUUGAUUGACAAAUACACAGCAACUUAAAUCCAUAUAGAACAAACGUGUAUACAAAGACAAUUGGACAAAUGAUGUCAUAUCCAGGUAGCAAGUAUAAGGCCUCUCUUAAAGAUGAACCGACCAAUGGAGAGGUUGAACUAUUGAAGAUGAACUCUGAACCAUCGAAUGAUCAAAAUAUGAACUGUGAUCCAGAAAAGGUCCCAUUUGAAACAAAACAAAAUGGAAAAACGUUAAUGGUGAAUUACGUUGACAGAACAACUUGCAGGAGAAGACGAACGAGUUUAGAGAAAUAUCUUAUUGUUUUGUGUCUCAUAUUCCUCUGUGCAUUUGUAACAUUUCUUGUUCUAGCCCUCACAAAAGACGCAUCUUUACACCAAGGUUUAUCUAGUCAACUGAUCCAAUCAGCCGCCAACACUAAAUCCAAAACUCAGCCAUGUUUGACAAAAUACUGUGUACAAACAGCUGCGUUUAUGUCUAACAAGAUGGACACGAAUGUAGAUCCGUGUGACGACUUUUUCAACUAUGCAUGCGGCACAUGGAACCGGAAGCAUGUCAUACCAGAGGACAAAUCUAGCUACAACACAAUUGUAGAACUACAUGACAGUUUGCAAAUUACUUUAAAAGCACUAUUGGAAGAGCCGAGGUUAGAAUUGGAUAGUAGAGCAACUCUUCUUGCUAAAACGUUGUACAAAUCGUGUGUGAAUACAAGUCUUAUAGAAGAUGCGGGAGAUGCUCCUUUGAGGAGCCUACUGAAAGAAUUGGGAGGUUGGCCACUAACAUUGAACCAAUGGGACGAAUCACAGUUUAGUCUUGAGAAACUCCUGGGUAAACUUAGAGGAACGUACAACGCGCCUGUGUUAAUUGAUCAAUGGGUAUCACCGGAUGACAAGAAUUCAUCACGAUAUAUCAUUCAGCUUGACCAGGCUGGGCUUGGAAUGCCUAGUAGAGAAUACUUCCUCUCGAGUAAGCACGAGCGUCAAAAAGCAGCAUAUGUGAAACUACUGAAAGCUGUUUCUAGACUAUUAGGGGCAUCUCGGGAUGUAGACAAACAGAUAGAAGACAUAUUACACUUCGAAACUAAAGUAGCAAAUAUGACAGUCCCAUUACACAUGAGACAGGAUACUGGAGAAAUGUACAACAAGAUGUCCCUGAUCAAAUUGAGCCAGAAAAUGCCGAAGUUUGACUGGCUACUGUACAUAAACUCAAUGAUGCCAUACCCACUUACCGAAGAAGAAGAAGUUGUUGUGUACGCCCCCUCGUACCUAUCUGACCUUGUAGCGCUAAUAAACAUCACACCAAGAAGAACUGUAGCGAACUAUGUAAUGUGGCGAACUGCCAUGGGGCUGAUACCAGAGAUGACAGAAAAAUACAGAUCAGAGAUCAGGGAAUAUAGUAAAGUCCUCCAGGGUGUGACCAAAGAAAAGGUGCGCUGGAAAAAAUGUGUGGAGUACUGUAAUGAGCAGAUGGGUACAGCAGUGGGAGCAAUGUUUGUCCGAGAGAAUUUCCAGAAAGAUAGCAAAGAAGAUGCAUUGGAGAUGAUCCAUAACAUACGAGAGGCUUUCAACAAGAUGUUGAUGGACAAUACCUGGAUGGACGAGGACACUAAACGUGUCGCAAAAGAAAAGGCAGAUGCCAUCAACGAACGGAUAGGCUACCCUGAUUAUAUCACGGACAAAGAUGCGUUGGACGCUAAGUUCAAAGGGUUAUCAUUCCGUGAGGAUUCUUUCUUCAACAGCACACUGCAGCUGGCACAGUUCAAAAUCAGAUACAACUUGAUGAAACUCAAUGAAACCGUAUCCGACAAAUGGGAACAAGCCCCAGCAGUAGUGAACGCUUUCUACAACCCAAGCACCAAUGAUAUAAUGUUCCCAGCUGGAAUUCUUCAACCGAUGUUCUACAGCAAGAACUAUCCAAAAUCUCUAAACUAUGGAGGAAUUGGCGUUGUGAUUGGCCAUGAAAUAACACAUGGGUUUGAUGAUAAAGGGCGCCAAUAUGACAAAAACGGCAACUUGCAGCAAUGGUGGAAAAAUGAGACGAUUCGGGCUUUUCGCGAAAGGGCCAAGUGUAUGAUAGACCAGUACAAUGAAUAUAAAUUAGAUCAGAUUGGAAUGAAUAUAAAUGGCAAGAUCACACAAGGAGAAAACAUUGCAGACAACGGAGGACUAAAGGAAGCGUUUCUAGCCUAUAGAAUGUGGGUGGACAGGAAUGGUGAAGAACAACUACUACCAGGCAUAAACCUUACACAUAAUCAGCUCUUCUUUCUCAACUAUGCUCAAAUCAUGUGCGGCAAGAUGAGGAACGAACAAGCCCUUAUCAAGAUUAGAACAGCCGUGCAUAGUCCCGGACAGAUACGUGUUUUAGGUCCACUGUCAAACUCUGUUGAAUUUUCGGAGUCUUUCAAUUGUCCUUUGGGAAGCCGGAUGAACCCUAGAAAAAAGUGUUUGGUAUGGUAACGAUGAUUUGACAAAAUAUGCAUGAAGGACGAAAAAUGUCUGUGCUGUAUUUGUUUCCGGUAAUCUUCACUUCGCCAAAUUAGAAAAAAUCGAACACUAGUAUACAACUAUAUAAAUCAAAUUGGAUCUGGCAGAGCAAGCGAUCAAAGCACCUGAGAAUUCAAUAAUAGAUGUAUAAACAUGAUAAAUAGGUCGUGUAGUUUUUAAAAGGGCGAUAGGCGAAAAGGUUACAUUAUGUUAUAUCAUUGUAGAUAAAUGGCAAGAUCACCAAGUAGUAUAGAAAAUACAAAUAAGUGGACAUAAUAUGUAAUAUAAAUUAUAAUUCUCAAUAUCCAUUUGUAAACGAACAUCUAGUAAUACCAUGUACUAACAAAAUUUUCAUUUGCUUACCCAUUUAUUCUGAUUCUGAUACUGACAUAAAUCGUGUGCGAUACUAAUAUCAAGAAGAUGAGCAUAAUCAAAACACAUUCAUGGUGCUUUUUUAAGAAUCUUUUACCAAGAAAAAUGAUUGAUAAGGAUGUGAUGAAGCUUAUGCAACAGUUAUAUCAAGUACAUGUACCUUUCUGUGAUAAACCUUGAGCAUAGUUGUUUUGAGUACAAUGGUUUUGCUAGUCCAUUCAAACUUGGGACAGUAUCAUACCAUUAGUACCUAAAAUAUAUGUACAUACAGUAUACAUAUAUAUUUAUUUCUCGUACAUGUAUAAUCAUUACAACAAUUACUGUAUAUAUGAAGAACAGUUGUG